CAAUAAAGUUGGUUCGUUGAUAAAGUCCACUAUUUAUAAUGAUACUCUGACACUACCCACGAAACUUUCUCACGACCGCUCAGCAGGAGACACUCUUAGCACUUGUAUUCGGCCAUAUAGAGAGGCAUAGUCAUGAAUGAUCGGCCAAGAUCGUUAACUUUAACUGCUUUUGUUGGAUUCUUGGCAGUCGUUGCUUCCGAGCUCACAGAUAAAUCGUCUUCUUUUCUGGAAGACAUCCUAUGGAUUUAUGGCGAAAACCGUACCCUCAGUCAGGAAGGAAUUGACAAUUUACUGAGGACAGUUGUUCAAGGAGAACGUUUGGAUUUCCAGGGACGUGAGCUUAAGCAACAACGAUGUUUGUCAGGGCAGGAGAUCCUCACUCACUACGGGCUGCAGAACUUCAGCCUCUUUGGCGAGAAACACCUGUAUACCAUCUGUCCUGCUUUCCUCAGCCAGGCUGUGCUGCCACACUGCUCCACUAAAGCUACAGAACUGGGCAGACCCAGUUAUACCCAGGAAACAGUUAUUGCUGCAAAUACAUCUAUCCCAGUCGGUCCUCAAAGCUUGACAGUGUGGGGAUAUGGCUUUUUGGCUGUUACUCUGAUCAACCUCUUCGCUCUCCUUGGUCUGGCUCUUAUUCCCCUUACCAGAAAGCCCUACUUCCCCAAGGUGCUUACUUACUUCAUUGGCCUGGCUAUUGGCACACUCUUCUCCAAUGCUGUGCUACAGCUCAUACCUGAGGCCUUGGGAUUUGACCCAAAGUCAGACAAUUACAUUGCAAAUGCUGUUGGAAUCUUCUGUGGAUUCUACCUACUCUUCUUCACAGAGAAGAUCCUGAAAAUGGUGCUAAAGACUGAAAUGGAGCAUGGGCACAGUCACUUCAGGCCACCAGAGAGUCCUCAGUUGAACCCCCACCAGAAUGGACUAGUGUGUGACAAAGACACAGUCAUUGCCGUCACCAGCUUCAGCGACAAUGACAGUGUGACCUCUGACCCUCCUGUACAUCAGGAGGUGCUGACUUCACAGGAGUCCUGUAGCUGGCUGCGGUGGAAACAUCUGUCCAAAGUGAGGACUGUGGCGUGGAUGAUCUCUCUAAGUGAUGCGCUGCACAACUUCAUUGAUGGCCUGGCCAUCGGUGCUUCUUUCACUGUGUCUGUACUCACUGGCUUCAGCACCUCUAUUGCCAUAGUGUGUGAAGAAUUUCCCCAUGAGCUAGGUGACUUUGUGAUUCUGCUGAACUCAGGGAUGAGUGUUCCUCAAGCAAUUUUCUUCAAUUUGCUAUCAGCCAUGUCUUGCUAUGCAGGCCUGGUGAUUGGAGUCAUUGUCGGCAGCAACUUCUCUCCCAAUGUGAUCUUUGCCCUGGCUGGUGGCAUGUUUCUCUACAUUGCCUUGGCAGAUAUGUUUCCAGAGAUGAACAGCAUCCAGAGAGGACAGGACCGCAGCACCAAGACAGAGGUCAUCUUCUUCCUCAUCCAGAACGCCGGACUGCUGACAGGAUUCUCCAUCAUCCUCCUUAUCACCAUGUUUGCCGGAGAUAUCAAUUUGGGAUAACUGCAUCUAGUCACUGGCUACUCUUUCAAACACGGAAUUUUUCUGCCCGUAGCCUCCAUAGCUCUUUGAACUGAUUUCAGCUUUACUCUCAUUUAACUUCUAUGAAUUAUUUAUUUGAAUCAUAAAAUUUAACCAGUGCCUUUAAAACUACAAUAAGAAGAAUCAUUCUUUUUAUGCCUUUCUGAUUAUAUAUUAAAAAAGAUCAUG